GGUCCUCUGGACUGAGCUUCGGCUUGAGGCAUCCCUGGGAAUGGCCGCGUUCCGUUCCUGCCCGCGGCUGUCCGGAAAGCUUUGGAAUCGCGGGCCGGGGCGAGCGGCAGCGCGGGCUGCGGGCGGCGGCGGGCGCAGUCCCAGCGCGCACCGCUGGGUGGUGCCCUCGGCCAAGGCGGCGCCGAGCGGCUGCGGCAGCGGAGGCGGCCGAGCCCGGAGCAGCGCAGAACAGCUGAGAUUAGAGCAGCCCAGCGCAGCUGAGAUUAGAGCAGCGCAGAGCAGGCGGGUUUGACCGAAAACAGCCCAGCGCAGCGUAGCUCAACGAAACAGCCCAGCGCAGAGUAGCUCAGCAGGGCGGAGGUGACAGCGGCAGCAGCUGCGAGCGCUGCCCUCUGUCACCCGCUGCCGGGACACCCCGGCUGCCUGACGAGCCGCCGGAGGAAUUACUGACACCGACCGAAGGCGCCCGCCCCCCACUCGGCCGCUUUCCGCGGGGAAUCGCCCGGAACAGCCGCCACACCGACACCGACACCGGCCGCCGCCGCCGCCGCGCCAUGGCGAUCGCAAGGCAAGUGCUCUGUGUCUGUGCUUUGCUGUCGCUGCCGCACGCUCGCGCCGAGCCCAUCCACUACUCCGUGGCCGAGGAGGCGGAGAGCGGCUCCCUUGUAGGCAAGCUGGCGGAGGACGCGGGGCUGACGCCGGCGCAGCUCUCGGCUCGCCGCGCCCGCCUGGUGUGGGAGGACGGGCGGCAGCAUUUUCGCUUAGAGCGCGCCUCCGGCCGCCUCGUCGUGGCGGCCAGGCUGGACCGGGAGGAGCUGUGCGCCCAGGCCGCCCCCUGCAUGCUCCCCUUCGAGCUGCUGCUCUCCAACCCCCUGCAGUUCUUUCGGGUCGAGGUAGCCCUGGAGGACAUCAAUGACCACUCACCCGUGUUCCCCGAGGAACGAGUCAGUUUUGACAUCCUGGAAACGAGCGAGCCAGGCACUCGUUUCCCUCUGGAGGUGGCUCGGGACCUCGAUAUUGGCAGUAACACAGUCCAGGCAUACAGUAUAGCUCCACAGAACGAGUAUUUUAGGGUGUCCUAUGAGUCACGGAUUACAGGCAAGAAGUAUCUGGAACUGGUCUUGGAAAAGCCACUAGACAGAGAGGAGCAGGCAGAGAUGGAUUUCACUAUUAUUGCUGAAGAUGGAGGUUCUCCUCCAAGGACUGGGACUGCUCAAGUGAAAAUUGUCAUUUUAGAUGUAAAUGACAAUGCUCCCACCUUCACACAGGAGGAAUACAUAGGGCGGGUUUUGGAGAACAUGCCAGAAGGUUCUGUGGUUCUGACUGUGCUGGCAACUGAUCCGGAUGCAGGAGUUAAUGGCGACAUUUCCUAUCAACUCAGCCAAGCAGGGGGACAGAGUGAUUCAGCAUUUGUGAUUGAUCCCAGAACUGGUGAAAUUAAACUCACAAAACCUCUGGACUUUGAAGCAGCACAGACUCAUGAGCUCAGUGUGAGGGCAAAAGAUGGAGGCGGCCUUUCAGCAAUCUGCAAAGUGUUGGUGGAGGUGGUGGAUGUGAAUGACAAUGCCCCAGAGCUGGUGGUCAACUCCUUCAGCAGUCCCCUCCCCGAGAACACAGCGCCGGGCACAGUGGUGGCCCUGUUUUCCGUCAGGGACCGGGAUUCUGGUGCCAACAGCAAGAUCUCCUGUGCCCUGGAGGAUCAGCUCUUCUUCUCCCUGCGGCCGGCCUAUAAGAAUUACUAUGAGCUGGUGACAGUGAGCGCGCUGGACCGCGAGGAGACGGCUCAGCACGUGCUGAGGGUCACAGCAGCAGAUGCGGGCUCGCCUGCUCUCACAAGCACGCACACCUUCAGCGUGGACAUCUCGGAUGUCAACGACAACGCGCCCGUCUUCAACCAGACCUCGUACACCAUGUAUGUGCGUGAGAACAAUGUCCCCACAGCGUUUGUGGGAGCCGUCAGCGCCGCCGAUGCAGACGAGGGGCUCAAUGCCAAGGUGACCUAUUCCCUGGCGCCAGCGCAAGCGGCAGAGCGGCCCUGGUGCUCCUGCAUCUCGGUGGACUCGGAGAAGGGACACGUGUUUGUGCUGCGGCCCCUGGACUACGAGCGCUUGAGGCAGGCCGAGGUGACGGUCAGUGCCUCUGACGCGGGCUCUCCUCCCCUCAGAGCCAACGUCACCGUCCGCCUGCUGGUGCUGGACCAGAAUGACAAUGCGCCGCUCGUGCUGUACCCAGGCCAGGACGGCAGCCCGGCGCCCGCCGAGCUGGUGCCCGUGUCGGCCGAGGUGGGCUACCUCAUCACCAAAGUGGUGGCCGUCGAUGCCGACUCGGGACAGAACUCGUGGCUCUCCUACCACCUGCUGAGGGCCACCGAGCCCGGGCUCUUCAGCGUGGCUGUGCAAAGCGGGGAGGUGCGUCUCAGGAGGCCCGUGACAGACAGAGACAGCGUGAAGCAGAAGCUCGUUGUCCUGGUCAGAGACAACGGCCAGCCCCCGCUCUCAGCCACCGCAGCUCUCAGCGCCCUCCUGCUCAAGGACUUCUCUGACGUGCGCCUCCCGCACAGCAGCGCCGCUACAGAGGACCAGGACGGCUCCCUCACCACCUAUUUAAUCAUUUCCUUGGUCUUUGUCUCGCUCCUCUUCCUCGUCUCCACCACACUCUUUGUGGCUCGCAAGGUGUGCAAGAGAAAGGAGCUGGAGGCUGGCCCUGUGCUUUAUGGUGCCGACAACUUGCAGAGCGGCCUGGCCGAUGCAGCCGCUGCAGGGAGCCUGCCCCGCGCCUAUUGCUACGAGAUCAGCCUCACCACGGGCUCGGGCAACAGCGAGUUCAGAUUCCUCAAGCCCAUCGUCCGCAGCCUGCCCCCACAGCACUGUGCCACAGGCCAGGGCCCUGAUGAGGAGCAGGAUUUCCCCUGUGUCCCUGUCAGCACCGAGGACAUGGCCCCAGACAAUCGUGGCACUCUCUCUGCAGGACAGUUCAAUGCUCUUUCCUUCAACUAGUUGGGGUGUGCACAGACAGAGGCUUCAUGGCUCCUGGUAGAAAGGGAUCUCAGCUGUAACCUCUGACAAUGGUUCCUCCAGAGAAAACCUGUUUUUCCUAUUUGGAUAACCAAUAUCCCUCUCAGUGUAAGUCAGAAUAAAAGUUUUCAGCUUCUCCAAAGACAGAAACAAAUAAAAGACAAUCAGUCUCUCACUCCAGCAGUAAUACAGUUGAGCUCUGUUAUUGUUAUUUCUGAUUUGCUUCAAGAAGAGAAAUAGUGCUCCAGCUAUGCUCCUUGUCAGAGUCCAGGACCUCCCUCUGGCAGCCUUGGAGGCUUUGGAGACCAGACAGGGGGUCUGGGAUCUGUAGAAGGGCUUGAGCCAGCCUCACAUAGAGCCCAGGAGGACACUGCAUCUGAUCCCUUUGCAUGGGAGUGAAUGCCCAUAUUGUAUGAAGAAUAACAAGCCAAAAUAAUUCAAAAUAAGUAGGAGCUAGUUUAUCACAGAGUGUAAGUGUACAGUCUAGGAUUUUUGGUAUAUGGGCCUGAAGAGGAAAAAUGGAGGAAUUGGAGAAUGGUCCUGUCCUCCUUGUUCUUGUUCUUUUCCCCCAUUUUCUGCUGAGUUGUAUCACAAGGUUUGGUUUACAGUAGAAAUGACAUGUUAGCAUAGGUAGUAAGUAUGGGUAAGGUUUUGUAAAUAAAAAGUACAUUGUGGACGGCGGUUGGACCAGGGAAAUGGUACAAAGGGUCGGGGACCCUCUGAUCUGCCCCAGCCCACUGCAUGUCCUGCUGUGCUGGGGAAGCGUUGCAGAGCUGAGAAAGAACUGAGAGAUAAUGAAGAAUAAACAACCUUGGAAACACGGACUGGCGGAUUCAGCUUGUCUUCUCUGACUCUGGAUUGGAACCUUUUGGGCAAGAAAAGCUCAAAAACCUUAUUAACUAAGGGAACAGCAACUCCGAGGAGAAUCUCAGGGAACAGCAACUCUGAGACCUCCUGUCUCUCUUGCUGUCAGACCUGACCAUGAACCUCUUAUUAUUUGCUUUAACAUAGUGGCACAAUUGAGUAGACAAAUCUCACACAUGAUAAAAUUGCUCAAAGCCCUUUUUGCAGCUCAGAAAAUUAAGCUAGUUCUGAAUACUGUCUCACGAUGUUCUGUUAGCAUAGGGUUCUUCUUUCUGGGGUUUUGGAUGUCUCUGUCUGGGAUGUGUGGGCUCUGUGGGUUACAAUCUCUCCUCAGUAUGUCUGACUGUAUGGCCAUUGUGCAUCUGCAGAUGCUUCACUACUGCAGCACAGUGAAACAGGGAGCUGAUCCCAUCCAGGCAUUGCAAUGCUGGCAAUUCCAGCUCUGCAGGGUAAAUGGCUAUUUUGAUCCUAUGAGUAUAGAAGUGACGUCUCCUUCAAGGCACAGAGGAGUAGGAAAAUUCACAACAAAGUCUUCCCUUGGUCUAUGUGUGGUUUUUCAAUCCCCCUCUGAUUAUCAUAGAAAUAAAGCAGCAGCAGAUGUGUUACGGUAGGCUUUAACAGUAGAGGGCCAUGAAAACUUAUUCCCUGUCUUUGUGUGCAUGACAAAGCCUCAUGGCCAUACAAGACAAUUUUCUGAAGUUAGAAUCAAGAAGAAAAGAGGACUUUGAGAUUUGUUUCCUCAUUCUUGUUUCUGAAUUCAGUGGCUUCUUGUUGGGAGGAGCAAGCAGUCCCUACAGGAUUUUCUGCAUUUGUGUUAGAGCAUUUCCAUUCCCAUUUCUGCCCUUUCUCCUUCUACCCUGUGAACUGUACUGGGCAUUAUUUUGCCUGUUCCUCUAGAGAAGGACUGUCACCCCAUCUUGUAUGAAUGAUUUCUGUGAUGCACUGAAUAUUCCGAAAGCAUCCCGCACAAAGUUGUGCUGAAGUUCUAAAGUGUAAUAUUGUGAUUUGGAAUGCUUCUGAGUUUGAAAACUCAAAAAAACCCAUGUAGAAUUGGAAUAAAGAGAACACUCAGACUC